ACGGUCGCCCACCCCCGGCUAACGGUCCCCUACCCCCCGCUAACGGUCCCCUACCCCCCGCUAACGGUCCCCUGAGGGGGACAAAAGGGGUUAAGGGAUCCCCGAGGGGUGGGGCGGGAGGGUUUUCGCUGCUCGCCGCCGUCGGUGUCCUCGCUGCGCGGUGAGGAGGGCGUGAGGGAGUCGGCGAGUAUCCGGCUGGCAGUGCGUGGAAGUCCCUGGAAGGCUUCCCACUUUCUUCUGCUGGAGGCUUGGAGCCGGGCCCCGAGUGCCCAGUGGUUGGUGCUGGUUGUAGUGCAUCUCUGGGCUGUGGCACAGAGGUGGUGGUCCUCGCUCCAAAAGCAUCUGUGUCAGAUAACAGCAGGGUGCCGUGUUAGUGCAAAGCGAAUAACUGUGGAAACUGGAAGGCAGAAAGUCUCCUUGGUACCGGCAGGAGGGAGAAACAACCUCUGUUCUGUGCUCCUGUCACUUUCCUCGUGUUCCAUGACAUCUCGCUGCUGGGACGCAGUUAUUUACAGGAGCGGUUCCUUUCCUUUCUGUACCCCACAGUAAGCACGGCGUAUUCCUGGCAAGCUUAAGGAACUGCCUCCAGGGCAAAAAGCUAUCCUCGCCCUUAAUGAACAGAGCAGAACUUUCCGAAAGCCAGCCGAGUGCACCGGAACAAUGUUAGUAUGGGAUUAAUAAUCCAAAUGUGCUAUUACACAUGUUAAUGGAGUUCAUGUUCCUGCAGUUCAAAAGGCCAGUGAUGGUUCUGCAGAAACUAGAUGUAUUUUCUCAGCAGUAGGAAAAUACAGCCUGUGAUUUUGUUACUGUGUCAAGCUACGUAAGUCUGAACAUUCCUAAGAAAGCAAUCACCAAAUGUAAAAACCAGAAUUACAUGCUGAGAUAAACUACAUUCUCCUGUUAGAUUCCUUUCACAAAUAAAAGCCUUUUAGGUCUUUUAAAUGCUUGCUUUAUUUUAUUUUUCCCUACCUGCUGGGUUUUAGAUGUUAGUUUUGGAGUUGCAUAUAGUUCUCAAAACAAAAGUUCAGAUUUUCUCUUCCAGAUAGCCACUGAGUUAAAAAAUAUCCCUCUAGUUUAUCUAGGAAAGUUCCUCUCACAAAAGUCCAUUCACAUUGAAAAUGAAGUUAUUCAGAUAAGGUUAUCCAAGAUACGUUUCAGAAGUACAGCUGUAUUCAGUAUUUCAUUGUGCACUGAACUUUCCCAAUAAGUAGAAUGACCAAAGAUAAUUCUCCAACUCACCCUAGACAUCAGCAUUAAAAAUGUCAUGCAGACAAUUCGGUAAAUAAAAUGUAGGAAAGAUUAGAUUCCAAAAUGCUUGCCAAUCCAGACUGGGGACACUUCCAGGCCUGAACAAACGCCUCUCACAUUUGCUUUUUACUUUUAACAGAGAUGUAAUCCAGAAUGAUAGAAAACACAGAAACGGUGCUGGACACUUUUUUUUUUUAAAAAAAGAAGGCAUCCAGAACACACGAGGAAGUUUUUAGCUACUUCAAAAGCAGGGAAACGCGCAGCAGGUGCUGCAGGCCGGGAGCUGUCAGAUGUAAGAUGACACCCUGCAAUGCCAUCCUGAGGCUGCUUAAUACCUGUUAAAGGAUUGCAGCAAGCUCUGCAACGGCAGCUUCGAGCCAAGCCUCUGAAGUUGCUGAAUUUCCUUAUUUGUUCCCCCCACCGUUCCCCCCCCCGCAGCAGGAACAGUGACUUGAUUUUCAUAAGCUCUGCUGAACGUGCGGGAAAACAAAUCUGCCCCGUUUAAAGGGACAGCACCUCCUCGGGGAUUGUCCCGAGGGGUGACAAGAGGGACCUGGUCUCCCUAGCUUUACCCUAGUCCCACAUGGUCACAGUGCUGGGAGGGGGCAGGUCUAACCCCCUGCUUUACACUUUCUGAAGGUAAAGCUCGCAGGUGGCAGCCUGCACGUUUCCACGUCAGGAUCGUGUGUGGCAAAAGCAACAGAGAUCAGGACCGUGAAUGUGUUCGGCACCUUUUGAUCUCUUACGGGGAACUUAGGAGUGUGCAGAGAACUGGAGGGAAGGUCACUUAAACUCUUCCUUCUCUUCACAGAUUUCAGGCUUUUAUACUCAGAUUAUCAGGUGCAUACUUUCUUGGGUCAUUGCCUUUUCCGCUCUGUGUGUUUCCAGCAUCAGAUCUCUACCUCUACAGCCCAAACUCUGUUUCUUUCUCCUUCUCUUUCUCUUCCCCUCGCUCUUUCUCCUCAUUCUCUCACUCUGGCAGCUUUCUGUAAUCCUUCCCAGCCUGCUGUCAGAUUGCAGCAACUGUACAUGUAAUCCUUGUUGUUCUCAUUAUGUAUGCAUUAAAUUACACUGGCAAUCCUAACCUGCCCAGAGUCCAUCUGUUAAUCGCAAGACCUACCUGCUGCUGGUAACAACUCAAAGAUGACCCCUCUUUGGAUUUGUCUGAUGUUUUGGAAAGCAAGAGCAGGGAAUAGUGUAUGUGGAUAGUGAAGGGUUAUUAUGAGGUUGGUUUUUUUUUUUCCGUAUGUGACUUGUAUUUAUUUCCCCAUUUAGUAAACUGUCGACAUUUUUUAUGGAUCACUUCACAGAACAGAAGCAGUCAAACUUUUACAGUAUUUGUCCCUCUCUUUUCAUAAGAGACAGGCUGGGAGUGCUGGCUGGGAGUAGAAUCUCUUCAUUUGGCUGUUGCAGGUUACCUAACCAAACUUCUGCAAAAUCAUACCGCCUAUGCCUGCGACGGGGAACAUUUGAGUCUGCACUGUCCUCGGCAUUCAACAAUAAGCAUUCAGUCAGCAUUUUACGGGCAAGACUACCAAAUGUGUGGCACACAGCAGCCUGAAGCCAGGAUGACAGAACCUAUAAACUGUGUGGCACCCACCUCCCUGCAGAAAGUACUGGAUGAAUGCCAAAACCUGAGAUCCUGCCAACUCCUUGUCAAUAGUCGGGUUUUCGGACCUGAUCUAUGUCCAGGGACCACUAAAUUCCUCCUUGUCUCCUUUAAAUGCAAACCUACUGAAUACAAAACCAAAUCAGCCUGUGAAAACCAGGAACUGAAGCUCCACUGUCAGGAGUCCAAGUUCCUCAUGAUCUACUCUGCCACCUACGGCAGGCGGGCACACGAAGAGAGCAUCUGCUCGACCGAGGCGGAGCGCGUCCCCCCAUUCGACUGUUUGUCUUACACAGCGUUAGAAGUUUUAUCGAAAAGGUGUUACGGGAAACAGAGAUGCAAAAUUAUUGUCACUAGCCGGGAUUUUGGAAGUCCGUGCCUACCUGGAGUGACAAAAUACCUUAACGUCAGCUAUGCAUGUGUUCCUAAAUUUAUCCUCACAGCUGUCAACCCCCUGGUCACUGACAACAAGUCUUCCGUGAAGCUGAACGACGGUGAGCAUGGUAUCGACAUUGACCCAAAGGAAUCAAGACUUCCAAAGAAAGAUGGCACUAUUGUUAGCAACUCCUUGGCUACAUUUGCAUACAUUAGAGAUCACCCAGAAAGAGCUGCUCUACUGUUUGUGUCCAGUGUUUGUGUGGGAUUAAUCCUCACGCUAUGUGCCUUGGUGAUCCGCGUGUCCUGCUCUAAAGACUUCAAGAAAUUGCAAGGAAAGAGGGAGCACCUAGUGCCAGAAAGUGAUGGAGCAGAUGAGAACAGUGAGAACGAGGAGGAGGAAGACUCCUCCGAGUCAGAGGUUCAGGAUGAACUGGCAGAACUUUACAGACCUCCUUACUCAGGUUAUAAUUCAGCAGAAGCAGCAGACCUGGCUGAACGGAUCGAGCGCAGGGAACAGAUCAUGCAGGAAAUUUGGAUGAACAGUGGUUUGGAUAUGACACCACCUAGGAAUAUGAAUACAUUUUAUAUUAAUGAACAAUAAAUGGCUUAUUUCGGAUG